GAACAGUUCCAGGUUGGGUCUGGGGGCAAGGCCAGGUGCCCGUAGCCAGGGAAUCACCCCCAGGGCCUAAGUUUGGGCCCUUGCAAGAGCUGCCAUUCUCCACCCACAUCACUCUGUCUCUGAUCAGAAUUGAGCCUGCCUUUCCUUGGUUUACCUUUCCACUCUUUUCUUUCCUGAUAGUUUUGACCUGAAUUAUUCGGAUCCUCGGUGCCAUCUGACAGAAGACGGCAUUGUCAGGAAAGGAGCACAUCUUUGCAGUGAGUGUGGAAGUUUCAGUGUAAAAAUCUGGAAAUGUACUAAGCCUAAAAUCAGGCUAUCCAGUUUGCUUUGGGAACAGUACAGUGCCUAACUAUCCUUGCUCUGUUGCUAUCCAGGUAAUUAGCCAGACUGACAAACCUAAAGGCCAAAUUCUUCACCAUCUGCCGGGGUCACACACACCCCCCUUAUUCAAGAACAUUUGAACCAAGUGUCCUUGUUUCUGUGGCGACCUUUCCACCUAGUCCAGCAGCUUCACUUCUUUAUUGUGCACCCUCUGCUGGUUAGUGUGAUAGAGUUCAGAGAAAAGGGGUGUGGGACUUACUUGAGCUAAUUUGAUACUCAGUAUUUUUAAAAGUGUUUAACUGAGAAUUAUAUCCAUGGACCUGGAAAGUGGUGGUGCUAAGGAAGAAUAUCAGUAGUCAGCACAGCAGGAGUUGAGUUUCAGUAAUAAUGUGAAUGAGGAUAACAAUGGCUUCCAUUUUUGGGUGAUAGUUAUUAUGUGCCAGGCACGCACUGUGCUAAGCAAUUAAUUUUACAUGCAUUGGCUCAUUUAAUCUUUAAAAUAACGUUAUAAGCACGUAUUCAUAUCAUUAUAACUACUAUUAUUAUCAUUCCCAUACUAUUACCAUUGACAUAGUUGAGAAAACUGAGACUCAACGGAAGUCAUUUGCCUCAGAUCGUAUAGCUAGGCUAAUGAAUAGCAGAGCCAAGAUUCAAACCUAGACUUAUCUCUGAGUUCACACAGGUUACUAUGAUGAUAUUCCACUUUGAGAUACCCUUGGCACAACUUCUGGGCUGUUUCCUCAACUUAUACUGUAUCUCUCCUAAUAUUUCCCUGCCAUUUCAACGACAAAAAGCAAAUUAGGUAUAAUCAUGCCUCUGAAAUGUAUUAUCUCACCCACAGGAAUCUGAUCUGUGAAAACCUAGGAGGUUUGUUAAGAGAAUACCAACAUGUAUUCUCCUGCCAGCACGAAAAUCCUGUACAGGAACCCUCGGUUCCUCCGACUAGCCUUUUUGCAGCUUCAUCACCAGCAGCAGAGUGGUGUGUUCUGUGAUGUCCUUCUGCAGGCAGAAGGUGAGGCAGUCCCAGCCCAUUGCUGCAUUCUGUCGGCCUGCAGCCCCUUCUUCACAGAGCGCCUAGAGCGGGAGAGGCCAGCACAGGGUCGGAAGGUGGUGCUAGAGCUGGGAGGCCUGAAGAUCAGGACACUUAGGAAGCUGGUGGACUUCCUCUACACCUCAGAGAUGGAAGUAUCUCGAGAAGAAGCCCAGGAUGUGCUCUCUGCUGCCCGUCAGCUCCGUGUAUCAGAGUUAGAAUCCCUUCAGCUAGAGGGUGGAAAGCUGGUGAAGGCCCCUCAGGGCCGCAGACUGAACCGGGAGUGCUUACAACCUCCAAUCUCUGCCAGGGUGGUGGCACCUAGCCGCCGCCCCCGAGCUCCACUGCCUGUUAUCCAGACUGCUUGUCCUCCUGGGGCAGUGAGGUUGAAGUCCUCAGGGAAGGUGGAGGGCACCCAGGAGAAGAGCAACCGACAGAACACAGAGAACUUGUCUGGCACUCUUCUGCUCAAAAGGAGGACCCGAGGCUGCUCAACUCAAGAAAAAAGCUCUUCACCAUCAAGCCACAGUCAGGGGCCUAAGGAGAACAAGAGUGACCCUGACCUUUGUCCUACAGCUCUUUCCCCACCCAGCUUGUACCCCUCCGUGGAUGAGAGACUGUUGCCCAGAAAGAUCAGGCUAAGCCGCUCAAAGCCAUCUCCUGAUGUGUGUACAUCCAAGUCUCCCAGCAUUUUAAGCGGACCCAGCUCAGUGUCCACAGCCCCUGGCCGGCGUCUUUGGCGGCAGAGGAGUAUAAAAAAAGAAGUGCCAGAGGACAAGCAGAAACCAGGGAGAGCUAGUCCUCUACAGAGCACUUCAAGCCCCUCUGGUCUUGGGAAGACAGCUGGGAGCAGGAAGCGGAGCCCUGAAGGCAGGGCCCCUAACUCCGACUCUGCAGAGGAGGGGCAGGUUGGGAGAGUGAAACUUCGGAAGAUUGUCAAUGGAACCUGCUGGGAGGUGGUGCAGGAGCCUCCCCUCAAAGACUCUCAAGAUAGCCCCCAGAUCCCAGAACCUGGGGGAGACUUAGAAGAGCCUCCAGGGACUCAGUCAUCCUCAGUUAACGAGCAGGAAAUGCCAUCUGCUCCAACAGACCUAUGUCAGGACUCACCUGUGUGCUCUAGGCUACAAGACAUUCUGCUCUCUGCUAGCUGCUCCCCAGACCACCCAGUGGUGAAGUCCGAGUUUGAGUCUAGUCCAGAGCUGGUAGGGAAGGAGUCGGUGUUAGACAUUGACUGCAGAGAGCCCUGUGCACUUGACACAGCCUUGCUCGGGCAGCCCUGCGAAGCCGAAGAGUACCGAAUCACAAGUGCUGCUGCCACCAGUGAGCUGGAGGAGAUCCUGGACUUCAUGCUUUGUGGCUCUGACAUUGAGCCACCUAUAGGGUCUCUGGAGAGUCCUGAGGCUGAGGGCUGCAGGACCCCCAGUUAUCACCUGACAGACACAGGGAAGAACUGGAUUGAAGGAGAAGAAUGGUGUUUGCCAGACAUGGAACUCUGGCCCAGGGAGCUCACAGGAUUGGAAAAGGAACCUGUUGGUGAUGACAAAGAGCCACUCAGCCCCCUUGUCAUGCCCUCAGAGAUGAGCGAAGGGGAGGUACUUUCAGUAGGAGGCUCUUGGACUGCCAACAUUAAGACUACAAGCUCCCAGCCACUGGAUGGUCAGAGAGACAAACUUCUCCACAUUGACUCACUUGACCCUCCCCAAAGGUCCUAUGAAGAUCUCUCCCCUUCCUGUUCAAACUGGGUGGACAUGGGGCUGGAAGUGCCCUUAACUAUGGAUGAGGUACUGUACCCUGCUCCAGAGGCAGGCAAGGAGGUGACUGUUAACUCUGAGCUGCUGGGGCCACUUCCUGCCAACUCUGAAGAGGAAGAGAUUGAUGUGGUGGACUGGACAGCAGAGGGGAGGCAGGUGCCCACCAGUUUUCCAUCCGUAUGGCCUGACCCUUCCUCAGAGUCAGAAACAGAGGUAGAUAUACUAACGUAGUGGGGAGAGGAGGCAGGCUGGGGGCCCUGGGAAGGUGGGAAAUGUUGGCUAGCAAAAGGUGCACUGGCGGAGGGACUAGCACAUGCCAUCUUAGCACAAGAGGCAGGUGUACUCCUGGCUCUUUGUAGGUCUCCUCCUCCCCUCCCAGGCUUUGGGAGUCAGGCAGAAGUCAAGUAGUACCAUGGGGAGUAAAUUAUGAAGUCUUUCUCUGCAAUCUAUUUUCCAGUCAGUGACAACAAGUGAAAUAAUACACUGUAGUCUCAAACUCCAGCAGGCCAUAGAUAACAGGCAAAGCCAGGUCUCCCAGGCCAUGAGGCAUCUAGUCACUGCUCUUCAUGAAGAGUUGAGAAAGAACACCCUCUGGUGUGGGUUAAGAGACAAUGUUUCAGACGGUAAAGCAGUGUUAGUAGUGGAAUACUAGCAAGUGGUAGUGAAAGGACUUUAAUAAGAACCUAAUGUGUAUGGGAAGCCCUGGUGGCACAAUAAGAGCUACAGCUUCUAACCAAAAGGUCGUCAGUUCGAAUCCACCAGACACUCCUUGGAAAACCUGUGACACAGUUCUCCUGUCCUAUAGGGUCGCUAUGAGUCAGAAUCGACUUGAUGGCAGUGGGUUUAAAAUGUGUAUGGAGCUUCUCAUUGCCAGUACAGUAAGUCCCCAGGUUAGAAAAGUCCGACUUACUGCCAACUCCUACUUGCCCUUUAAUGUUACAUAAACUCACCCUCACUUUGAAAGGACUGAACCAACCCCUACUUGCAACAAAUUCUCCCUCACAAUCACUUUCACUUGCUGCGCCUGCAGCUUUUAAAUCACUGAGAAGGCUUCCAGCCUUUUCUUGCACUAAAGUAAGGCUAAAGAAGAACCGUACGCACCUGUUCCAGCUUACCUACAAAUUCGACUUAAAAGACACACUUAGGAACUGAUCUCCUUCGUGACCUGGGGACUGCCUGUAUGGGAAGUCUAGCCAAAACCUCUGCAGGGGCCCAGGAAGAUGCACUUCUAUUCAUCACUUCCAAGAAGUGAACUGAAACAGACAGUUGCUUUUUUAAAAAAAAAUAAAUUAUUUACUUCUCUACCGUAGUGUUGCAAGUGUUUCACACGCUCUCCCAGAGACUC